CCUGCCCAGUGAGAAGAAGGAUACAGAGAAGGAAGAGAGGGCUCAAGAGCAAUAAUGGCUGAUGAUCAAGACCUUUCAGAGGUGGAGAUGAGCCCAGUAGGCUCUGAAGACCACCACUGUCUCUCACCAGGACCCUCCAUGGCAUCAGACAACUCUCCUCACCUUGCUGGCUCUGGAAACGGAGAGAUGGGCAAGGUCAAGAAGGAGCAGCAAGAUUCAGAGGCGGAUGAUGACAAAUUCCCUGUGUGCAUCCGAGAGGCAGUCAGCCAGGUGCUGAGCGGCUAUGACUGGACCCUGGUACCUAUGCCUGUUCGGGUCAAUGGAAGUAACAAGAGCAAACCCCAUGUCAAGCGCCCCAUGAACGCCUUCAUGGUAUGGGCACAAGCUGCCCGCCGGAAACUGGCUGACCAGUACCCGCACCUCCACAACGCGGAGCUCAGUAAGACCUUGGGCAAGCUCUGGAGGUUGUUAAACGAAAGCGACAAGCGGCCCUUCAUUGAAGAGGCAGAGCGGCUGAGGAUGCAGCACAAAAAAGACCAUCCUGAUUACAAAUACCAGCCACGCCGUCGGAAAAAUGGCAAGGCCACACAGGGCGAGGGUGAAGGCCAAGUAGAUGGAGACGCUGGCGGGGCUACUGCUAUCCAGGCGCAUUACAAGAGCACCCACCUGGAUCACAGACAUCCUGGGGAAGGGUCACCCAUGUCUGAUGGGCACCCAGAACACUCCUCAGGUCAGAGCCACGGUCCCCCCACACCUCCUACCACUCCCAAGACUGAGCUGCAGGCUGGCAAAGCCGACUCCAAACGUGAGGGGCGUUCUCUGGGAGAAGGGGGAAAGCCACACAUUGACUUUGGCAAUGUGGACAUCGGGGAGAUCAGCCAUGAAGUGAUGUCCAACAUGGAGACCUUUGAUGUCAAUGAAUUUGACCAAUACCUGCCACCCAAUGGACACGCUGGCCAUCCAGGCCAUGUUGGGGGCUACGCAGCAGCCGCGGCUGCUGGCUACGGCCUAGGGAGUGCCCUGGCUGCAGCCAGCGGACACUCUGCCUGGAUCUCCAAGCAACAUGGAGUCUCCUUGUCCACUGCCACGUCAUCGGUGGUGGACUCCAAAGCGCAGGUGAAAACAGAAGGGUCUGCCCCUGGAGGUCAUUACACUGAGCAGCCCUCCACCUCCCAGAUAGCUUACACAUCCCUUAGUCUGCCUCACUACGGUUCAGCCUUCCCCUCCAUCUCCAGGCCCCAGUUUGACUACCCUGACCACCAACCCUCGGGACCCUACUACAGCCAUUCCAGCCAAGCCUCUGGCCUCUAUUCUGCCUUCUCCUAUAUGGGACCUUCCCAACGUCCCCUUUACACUGCUAUCUCUGACCCUGCACCAUCCGUGCCACAGUCCCAUAGCCCCACACAUUGGGAACAGCCUGUGUAUACGACUCUCUCUAGACCAUAGGGAAUGGGGAACAGUGACCAAAACAGCAACAGAAAGGCUCCGAAGAAUCAGCGCAGGCAGAAGAGCCUCCGAACUCCGAGGUCAUUCAGUGUCAUCCAGCCACCAGAACCCACUGAGUAUCCRGAAGUGCCUUUCAUGACCCCGGCUAUCGCUGGCUCACUCGCCUACAGGAAGGUUUUUCGUCCUUUCGCCCUUUACCAAUUCCAUGCAGGCCACCCAACUGGCUUGCAACACUUUAUUGGCCUUCUAGAUGAGGAGGAUUCUAGACAUGGAGUGAUUGGUCUGUGGUGGGUUUCGUUGUGUGCACCCUGGACUGUAAGAUAAGAGAGACUCUCCUUCUCCUCCCCAGACUGCUCCAGUGAGUUAGCAAGUGUUUCCAAUCGGCUGUAAYGGCCAACUCUUUGUUACCUGCUGUGGGUGAAGGGUGGUUGCUCAGGCACCUUGGUGAACAUGUUUUGGGAGGAGUAGUAGGUAGGAUGGCACAGCCAGCUUCCUUGAGAUCAGUGUUGUGCAGCAGUCCUGCCUAAGAUUCACACAUGCAUGAAUCUUGAUCCCCGUUGGAAGACCAACUUACGCUUGCUUCCCUGCUGAUUUCCACAGCUGCAUCCCAGCUUUUCUCCCUGCCUCUCCUCUCCAGCCUUAUCCCUGUUUGACCCCACACUCUUUCCUGCAUAGAGAUUUUAAGGCUUGACUGAACARUACAUUGGACUCAGGAACCACAUUGUUGGUUUUAGCUUUAUUCAUCUCGUAGCAUGCACAUGUAUUCCUGUGAGGAGGUAUGGGAGAGGCAGAGAGUGCUUUAUGGCUCAUGAAAGACCUGUGGGCAAAUCCUCCUUUCUUACAAUUAUUCUGAAUCACUCAUCUGGCAUUACUGGUAUCUCGGUCCUUUUUAAUCUCUCCAGUGUCCCAAACAACCUCCAGCCAAACUUGGCCCUUGCUCUUCCAAUGUCUGACUGUGUCUGUGUGAAAUAUGGAAGGAACAGGAAAUCUGCUAUUGCAUCCAAAACUACAGGCAUAAACCUCACCUGCCAACACCCAGAGGUGAUUCCAAUACUCACUUUGAAUCCCUACUCCAAACUCAGACUAGUGGGGUCUGCAUCUCUGCUUGUUGGAUCGUCGUGUAUUCCAGUUUGUCAGCAUCUCCCUCCUACCUUUGCUGAGGAUGGAAAGAUUAUUCUCGUGGCUUUAAGCAAGGUAGAAAUACACACUUUUGGAUAACAGCAAAAAAAAUAGGCCUAUGAGAGGUGCAAAGGAACUCGUUUUCCCUGUUGUGAUUCAAAAUGGAAGCAUCCAGCUGCCCAGCUCAGAUCAACCUCUUUUUUUCAGUCCGACACCUGAGGCCAGUCUGCUUGCUGGCCCCUUGUCUUCUCCAGGACUGGGGUGGUUUGUCAUGCCAGGGAGCUAAGUGGCACAAAUACGGUUGCAGGAAUAGAUCACUCCCAGCACUUGACUGCAGAGACAUAUUGUGGGGCCUUCCAAUGGAUAUUCCAGUCUAGCAAGAUAAAAUACCUUGGCCAAAUGUGGACUGUGAUGUGUGCCAUCGUUUCCCUCUGCUGAUAUGACUGUCAGAUGCCCUCCUGCCUCCCUUAGUUAUGGA